AUGUGGAUGCAAAAGUCCGUCGAGAGCGCGAGCUUCUCGAGCGGCCACCUGCACGACCGCAACCACACGGCCGCCGCCCCGUCUGCGACGGGCAGUCGCGUCUACAGCGGCAGUGCGAUGCCGACGUCAGCUGCCGGCAGCAACAGCGCAGACGCCAGUGACUGGAAGCACAGGAUCGUGGAGAGCGGCCAAUGGCUCGGGGGCAAAGUGAUUGAGUACGGCGGGAAACUCACGCGCGGGCCGACGGCCGACCACGCGACGAUCGCCGACCACUACGCGCAACAGGUGCCCCGGAACGACGGGCGGGCGAAUUGGAUGGCCGACAUUCGGAGCUCGUCGACGUCUGCGGGCGCUGCGGGCGGGAGAAGGGGCGCGGGCGGGACGGGGUACACGGGCGGCUACCAGAACGACUUUGCCACGGAGCGACCCAAAGUGUAUGCAGAGUACAGCAGGGGGUACACUUCAAGCGCUGCUGUGCCGGGCCAAUGGGACGACCGGCGCGCUGGUGGAGACAGUGCGAGGCGUGUGAGUACUCCAUCGCGUGCGGGGAGUGCCCGGAAAGAGGAAAACGAACGGAAGAGCAGCCGACGGAGUAAGAAGAACAAGAAGAAGAAGAAGAGUGACAAGAAGAAGGAGAGUGCCAGUGAAAGUGAGCGGGAGGACGAGACGGAGGAGCAGUCUGAGUCGUCCGCAGCUGAGUCGGCGGACGCGCGACGACGCGCGAGGAAAGUAGAGGCCAAGAAGAAGCACAAGACAAAGAAGAAGACCAGGACGCGCACAGGCUUUUACUCGGAAGAGAGCGGGAGCGAAGACGCUUGCAGCACGGACAAUGCGUCGGCCGACUUGUCGGUCUCGAGUGACGACGCAAAGCCGUUGUCUCUGUCGUCGUCGAAGCAAGCAAAAGCGGCGAAGAAACAGGCAAAGGCCAAGAAGAGCAAGAAGGACAAACCUCACAAGAAGUCGCGCACGCAGCGUCAGUCGAUCGCGUCUACAGACGAAGAGGCUGCAUCGAGGAGUACCAGCACGCGCAAGGCGAAAACACGCAGCAGCAAAAAGGCGGUUGCGGUUGCCGCUGGUAGCACUUCCAGUGUGGACUUGCUUGGCGUGGAUCUGGAUGCCCACCUUGUGGUGCAGCCGCCGGCGUCAGGUUGCUCUGGACAACAACACCAGCAGCAUUCGAUCUUUGAUGCACCGCACAGCCAAAACCCUCUGCAAGAUCUAACAGGUUUGAGCUUCGUAGCCCCAGUUCAAGAUGCUGCUCUAUCGCAGCCGGCCGUCUGUGUCAACGACAGCGCGCUUGCAAGGGCUCGUUCGGAGGAACAGUCUCAGCACCGCCCGCAAAGUGGUGCGUUUCAGACGAACAUGCUGCCGGAAAACAAUAUCGUUGACUUUAGCACUCUCGCGAGCGAAACGAAGAAGACGUUGUCGGCGAACCCGAAAGAAAAGCGGACCCUGAACGAUUUGCAGAAGGCUCGCGGGUCCGAUCAGCCGACGCCUGUGAUGGCCAUGCCGGUGCACGGACGGCAGCCACAGAAUGCAUCGGGCAGCAUGAUGCAGCUGAACAUGAAGCAGCUCCAGAUCACGGAUGGGGCCACGAGCAUGCCACAACAAAUGUAUACAGGCAUGCAGAUGCAUCAGAUGCCCAUGCAACCGCAAAUGCAUCAAAUGCCGAUGCAGCCACCGACGCUGUCACCGAUUCAUCCUCAGAUGAUGGCGAUGCAGCAUCAGAUGAUGAUGAUUCAGCCUCCGAUGACCAUGAUGGCACAACCCCAGAUGAUGAGCAUGCCGACGGCGCAGCAACAGCAGGUCGCUCGCGGCCGCGGAGGUAUGACUUCGCCGGCGAGCACCAACAGCUCAGAUGCGGUCCUGUGA